AUGUCGUCCGGCCUGCGUACCCUUUAUCAACCAACCGUCAUCAAGUUAUAUGAGGAGGACGAUAAUACUGAUAGGGGUGUGGAUAUAGUAGCUGUUCAUGGAGUGGGUGAAGAUUCCAUCAUCGCCUGGACAGAUCUGGACACAAGGACUCUCUGGCUGAAAGAUCUUCUGCCAGAGAGUCUCCCCUUCGCACGCGUCUUGACAUUCGGCUAUCAAUCCGAACCGGCAUUCUUUCGUGGCAGAGGAUUUGUGGAAAAGAUCCAGGGCCAUGCGACAACACUGGUCGCCGCUUUGGAAAGCGACAGACGUUUGGGAAACCACGAGCAUCGGCCCAUCAUCUUUCUUUGCCAUGGAAUUGGGGGGAUCAUCGUGAAACAGGCCCUCGCAUAUUCAGCCCGUCAAACCUCGCCCCACGUCGGCCACCUCAGCUCGAUCUUCAUCUCAACCUGCGCGAUUCUCUUCUUCGGGACCCCCCACAGCAGCCGGCAAACAUGGGACGAUGACAGAAGAAUAACAGAAGCCAUAAUAAGCCGCAUCAAGAGCAAGAGCCAGCAUCAUUUCUCGUGGCUCACCGACAUCGACGGACUGGAAGUCAUCAAUGCCCAGUUCGCGCCCCUGAUCAAGAAAUUCCGUAUUUUCUUUUUCUGGGAACAGCGACCGACCCAUGCCGGGGGGUCUGCGCAGUUUGUUGUUGAGCAAUCCUGCGCAGCCCCAAUUAUCGACGACACCCAGCACUCGGGAAUCGAUGCUACACAUGCGGGUAUGAUCCGUUUCCCGGGACCAGAGUCGCCGGGGUAUCGAGUCGUGUUGAGCGCGUUGAUGCUAUACUGUCGAGAGGCACCUGAUAUUAUCGCGCACCGACGGGAAGCUGCCCGCGACGCACUGGCACGUGCUCGCGCCCAAGAAGCAUUCGAGCUGAUGGGUGUCCCCUUGAAGAUUCCAGACCAGCGCUCUCUGCCCCAAGAACCAGGAAUACCAAAGCAUGUCCCAAACACCUAUUUCGACCAUCGCCUUCAAUCAAAUGAGCAAUUCUUCGGUCGAGGGGAUGCUUGUGGUAUCAUACAAAACGCCCUGUUUCAACCAGAGGCAAGCAUCGGGUGCCACAGGAUAUUUGUAGUUCAUGGAAUGGGAGGCUCAGGGAAAACACGGCUGUGCUCAGUAUUUGCCCAGCAGAACAAACAUAGGUAUUGGGGCGUUUUCUAUGUCGACGCUACCUCAGUCGAAAUAGCAAAUCAAUCCUUUGGUAGGAUCGCGGAACAGGGUGGACUGCAACAUACAGAAAGUGCCGGGAGGUACUUUCUUUCUCAAUCACCGCACCCAUGGCUUCUCAUCAUCGACAACGCGGACAGAAAAGACCUUGAAGUUCAGGGCUUCUUCCCUUCUGGCAAUCGUGGCCACAUUCUCAUUACAACAAGGAAUCCCAGCUUGCGCAAGUGGGGGAACGCAGGACACAUUGCGCUCAAGGGACUCAAGCAGGAAGAGGCACUCCAGCUUUUGCUCAACCGGGCAGGUAUCUGCAAGCCGUGGGAUACUUCAACGGAAAGUGCAGGGCAGAAGGUCAUCCGAGCAUUGGGAUAUCUGGCGCUAGCCGUCACCCUGGCGGCAGAUGCCAUCUACGAGAGAGCUUGUCAAUUGACGGGGUACCUGGACUUUUAUGAUUACCAUCGAAGAAAACGCUGGCAGAGGCAGCAAGAGGUGGACGCGACCCGUGAUGAUGUCCUCAUUUACUCAGCAUUCGACGUGUCCUUGGAGCAUAUACAGAUGAAGACAACGACAGCCAGCAAGGACGCUGUAGAGUUACUGAGCAUUGUCAGCUUUUACCACUUCGAUCAGAUACCGGUUUCUAUCUUCAGCCAAGCGAUUAUCAACCUACACAAAGCCGAGGCAGCCAAAAAGCCAGAUGGGUCAGCUUCCUGGUGGCGGCAUGCUGUCUGGAAGAGAUAUCAGUCAUCCCACGCUCCUCUCCCACACUUUCUGCAACGAUCAUUGGAGCAUCCGGAACCGCAGUGUAUUGAAGAGGCCCUCAGCGAGCUCUACCGAGUAUCACUAAUAUCGUAUGAUAGUAAUCAGAAUCUGACCUUCUCGCUGCAUCCUUUGGUCCAUACCUGGGCACGAGAUCGUAUCCACCCAAAUGACAGAGCAGAAUGGGCUUCCAUUGCGUUGAAUACACUGGCACAUUCACUGCUUUUGCCGUCAGACCCAAAAAGUGGCUCCCAGGCAGAAUUCCAAAAAGCGAUCUAUUCUCAUCUGAACGAAAAUCUCAAAGAAUGCCCCAUCACAAUCACGCAAUUCGAGGGUCUUUUCGGAAAAUUUCAACUCAUCUAUGCCACUGUCUUUCAACCGUCCGCUCUCGCCCUUUUUCAGGAGCAAAUUGCCAUGGCAGUUAAAUAUACCCACCUCUACGCUGUGACGGGUAGGUUCAAAGAAGCGGUGUACUAUUUAUCAAUGGUCAAAAAUGUCCUGGUCCAGGUCGUCGGCUAUAAUAAUGACAAGACAGUGUUAGUAAUGUUUUUUCUCAGCAAGAUACUCUGGGGACUCGGUCGGUUGGAAGAAGCAAUUUCAAUCCAGAAACAUGUCGUUGAAUACCGGACUCGAGUCUUGGGGCCUGAGAGCCGUGAGACGCUGCAGGCAAUGGAUCACUUGUCAAAUUGCUACUGGUUGCAUGGUCAGUAUUCUGAAGCCCUUCAUCUGCAAACCGUAACUACAGAGCAAAUGAAGAAGAGUCUCGGGCCGCAGGACAAAGACACUCUAGGUGCAUUGGAUACACUCGGCACCAUCCUCGGAUCAUGGCACCGCUUUCAAGAAAGCAGAGAGGUUCACCAAAAGGUCUUAGAUGCACGGGAAGCAGCCAAAGAGGCGAAUGUUCUCGAUGUUCUCACCUCCAAAUGCAAUUUGGCCAUGGCAAUGAUGGGCCUGGGUCUCGCGGAAAAGGCACGUGGCAUUCUACAGGACGUCUUCGAACAGCGGAAACAACACCUGGGCAAAGAGCAUCCUUGGACUCUUUGGGUCCUGUGCUACUUAGCUAAAGCUUAUAUAAAACUUGGCCGGCUGACUGAUGCGGAAGACAUUUUGAUCGAAGGUAUUGCUGCAGCGAGGCGGGGGCUUGGGGAUGAUCAUCUAGGUGUUCUGUUGGGCCGUGGAGCUCUUGCCCGUGUAUACGCUCGCCAGGGGAGGCUUGAAGAAGCAGAGGAGAUCAGUUUGGAUGUUUUUGAAAGGGUUACAUUCUCACGUGGUCCCUUGCAUCCCGAUUGUGUCUAUGCCAUGUGGAAAUUAGGACAGCUUUUCGAGCUGCAGAAGAAUCUCCCGAGAGCCUUAUCCUGGUACAAUGCUGCCGUGGAACGGUCCAGCUACAGGUUGACGCGCGAGCACCCACUUGCCCAAAUGGCAGUCCGUCGGGUGAAGGUCAUUUCAGAAGAACUUGAUAUCGAAGAGACGCCAUCUCAUCACUCCAACGAACACGAUGGCCACGACGAGAAUGAUGAAUCUCCAAGGACUGGCACUCUGCAAUCAACCCGAACCUGGUAA